GCCGGUGCCCGCCCCGACAUGGCCGCUUCCUGCAGGUGUUUGUGCGAGUACUGUCUCCUUAUACGUUUGUUGUGGCGCGUCUGCGACACAAAACCAAGCCAAAACUGAGUAGCAAAGAGCCCAACUUAUCCCUGAUCGUGGCGCUCCCUCUGCCGACAGCCGCCGCUCAGCUCUGCCCGGCCACCAGGAAGAGAAGAUGGAAGGAUUGUUGUCAGGUUGAUGAUGAUAAAGGAAUGGAACUGGACAGGCAACUGCAGGUGGAUUGUCCAGCUAUACUGUUAGGAGGAUUUUUGGCAAAGAAGAGGAGAUACUUCUAAAAUACAGAACACCAGUAUGGAAACUCAAGGCAGUGAAGAUCUUUUGAAAGUCCAGAAAAUGAAGAAGAAGGUAUUGAGGAAGCAGGUCAGAGCUCAGCAUACACUGAUGAGACAUGAGGGCAUAAAGUGCAUCUCCCAUGCUACACAGAGCCUGGUUAUUGCCAAUGCUGGUCUUGGUAAUGGGAUGAGUAGACAGCAACUGCUCAGGAUACUGGAAGAAUAUGGAGCAAUGGAAACACUCUUAAUGCCACCAAAUAAACCAUAUUCAUUUGUGAAAUAUAAGACAACAGAAGAAGCCAAGAAAGCCUUUAAUGCCCUUAAUGGAAAGGAAGUUACUCUGGAAGACUGUAGCCAAAACAUUGUUCUAUAUAUUAAUUUUGUGGAAAAAGUUUCCUUGCAAAAUGCUGUUCCUACAAGCUUGCCUCCAGGCUUAAUGGUAAUUGAAAAGAUUAUUUCUCCAGAAGAAGAAAGGAGGAUGUUGGAAAGUAUUGACUGGAAAGGAGAUGAAGAUACUCAAAAUGCCCAGAAGACUUUAAAGCAUAGAAGAGUGAAGCAUUUUGGGUAUGAGUUUCGCUAUGAUAACAAUAAUGUUGAUAAAGACAAACCAUUGCCUGGAGGUCUUCCUGAAAUUUGCAAGCCAUUCUUGGAAAAGUGCUUAAAGCAGGGAUAUAUCAAACAUAAACCUGAUCAACUGACUGUAAAUCAGUAUGAACCUGGACAAGGAAUUCCCCCUCAUACUGAUACACAUUCUGCUUUUGAAGAUGAAAUAAUCUCACUCAGUUUGGGAGCUGAGAUUGUGAUGGAUUUCAAACACCCUGAUGGCCAUACAGUGGCAAUUAUGUUGCCCCGAUGCAGUUUAUUGGUCAUGACUGGAGAAUCCAGAUACCUGUGGACACAUGGGAUCACACCGAGGAAAUAUGAUGUUAUUCAGGCAUCAGAACUUGGGCACAAAGUUGGAACAAUCACUAAUGAUGUUGGAGAUUUAACAUUAAAUAGAAGGGAAACAAGGACAUCAUUUACAUUCAGGAAAGUGAGGAGAAGCCCUUGCAAUUGCAUUUACCCAUCUGUCUGUGACAGCCAGAAAGGACAGCAGAGACCAGUGCAACCUUCAUUUCCCCAGAAUGAGAUGGAGGCCUCAAAACUGGAACAAGAAUAUGUACACAAGGUGUAUGAAGAGAUUGCCACACACUUCAGCAGUACCAGGCAUAGCCCAUGGCCCCGAAUUGUAGAGUUUCUCAGGUCCUUGCCAACAGGGUCAAUAGUGGCUGAUAUUGGCUGUGGUAAUGGGAAGUACCUUGGCAUCAACAAGGAUUUGUACAUGGUUGGCUGUGAUCGCAGCAAAAACCUGGUGGAUAUUUGUGGAGAAAAACAUUUCCAGGCAUUUGUCUGUGAUGCCCUGUCAGUGCCAAUCCGCAGUGGUUCUUGUGAUGCCUGCAUCUCAAUUGCUGUAAUCCACCACUUCUCAACAGCAGAGCGGAGACUGGCUACUGUCCGGGAACUAGCUCGGCUUCUAAGACCUGGUGGAACUGCACUCAUUUAUGUCUGGGCAAUGGAACAAGAAUACAAAAACCAGAAGUCUAAGUACCUUAAGGAAAAGAAUAGUAGUAAAAACAAAGACAAGGAAAUGAAUACUGGCACAGCCCAGAGAUCACUUAGUGACCAAGAGCCUGAUAACAGCAGCCAAGACUCAACAUGGUCUGAUCAGCUCCUUGAUGACUUGAAGGAUGAAAGCUGUGGUGCCAAGCCAGUAGCAGACUUCAGACUGCCUGUUCACACUAACAGAACCUCCUUUCACUCUCAAGAUUUGCUGGUUCCCUGGCACCUGAAAGGUGGUACUAAAAAGAAAGAGGAAAAUGUUGAUACAGUGUUGAUUCCAGGUGGCUCCAAAGAAUCACAAGAACUCAGCCCUGUUUUCCACCGGUAUUACCAUGUGUUCUGUGAAGGGGAACUGGAAGCAGUAUGCAGAUCCCUGGAUUGUGUGAAGGUUCAAAAGAGUUAUUAUGAUCAGGGAAACUGGUGUGUGAUUCUAGAAAAGUUGUAGCCUGUGAUGCUUCCUCUACUAUCUGUAGAGUUUUUCUUUUUUAUUGUGAAAGGUAUUUUGUGAAAGGUAUUUUUAAUGCAGGCUCCAGCUAUUGCCUCUUUUAAAAUAACAGAAUAAAGAUUUGAGUAUUGAGUUAAUAACACUGGCUAGCACUGUGUGCAUAUGUUAACAAAAUAAUGGCCAAACUCAGUUACUACCUCUGCAGAGUGUUUGCUUUACUUCUCUGAAAUACAGUGAAGAGGAUUAAGUGGGAAAAUAUUGCCCAUGCAAAUCAUAAGGGCCAGUGUUGAGCUUUUAAAGACAAAGGGCUUGGUUCUCCCUUCUCUUACACCAUUUUAUAUUGAUGUAGCUGCAGUGCUUUCCCUGCAGUCCACAGCUAAUUGGAAUGGAAUCUGGGCAGGAAAGGCAGAGCUGUUUGCUGUGUAAAAUUGUGGAUCAGGAAGGAGGGAGUGGAUGGCAUAUGAAGCCAUCCACUGAAGAGUCAAACUGUUGCCUCAGCUUUGGUCCUGCCUGUUUUGGUGUCCAUGAGAGGUGACAGAUCUCUUUCAGUUUGGAAUUUACUCUCUCGUUUGUGGCAAUAAUGAUUUCCUCAAAGGGAGCUGGAAAGUUAGUGGGGAUACCACAGACAUUUUUCUCUUCCUUGACUCAAAUACCCACAAUUUGUGCUGUCCAUCCCCAGAUUUCUGUAGCUCUUCAUUGUAGUGUUGUGUGAAAGCUCCUGUGAAGUAUGAGUACCAGCCCAGCUAGAACAGCCAGACCAGAUCUGCUACACACCUGCAUUCCUAUGAGUGCACAUCUCUGUGCAUGUAGCACCAGGACUUGUUGGGGUGGGGGUGGCCCUGAGAUCCUCCAGGGGGAAAAAAAGGAAAAAUAUUAAAGGAAAGGCAAUAUUGGUGCAGGUUUCUUCUGGGUAUUUUCAAACCCUAAAUGCUGGCAGUGGAGCAAGUUUUAUUUAAUGCACUUCAGAAGAGUAAAGGACUGGAGUAGAGGAGAACUGAUGCUGGGCUGGCUGGCUCAGAGCAGCCCUUUUGGCUGUGGCCUACAAGUGCAAUUUAUUUGAUGUGACUCUUGUGCUGCCAAAGGAGAGUGAUACCUGGAAUGCAUUUCUGGAGCUAAAAUAAUGGGCUGACUUUUGUAGGGUGAAUGGCUGUUGGUGCCUCUGGAAACCAGUGCUGCUAAGCCAUGCUGUCAUUGCCUGUAACAUUGAUUGAUUGCCUGUAGUUGUGGCAAGAUCUAUGGUAUUGGCAGGUUGUGCUGCUGUAAAUAAUGGCAUAUAAACUGAGGUGCCCUUCCUAAAUCAUGUGGGGACUGAGCACAGCUUGGCCUACCAUGUGCAGGUUAAAGGCUGCUGUGCUGGCAGCCUGCUCACAGUCACCAUUUCUCCUAAGCUCCCAUCUUGUAAUGGAGAAAAUCUGAUGGAAACGGGAGCAGUAAGAGAGGAGCUUGCUGCCACCACAGUUCACCAUGCCUGUGCUUUACUUGCUGUCUGCUUUUGAAGAGCCCUUGGGAAGGCUCAUUCCUCAGCUGCACAUGCUGUUCAUGUAGCAGCAGCCUUGUCUUAACUGAUUUCUUUCCUUUAGACAACAAAGGAAGCAUGUAUGUAGCAAUGAGCCCUCUGGGCAUGUUCAGGGGCUGAUUUGCACACAUUCAGUGAAUAUCCCAUAGCUGGAAAUAUGUCUUUCAUCAAGGCCUGAGCUGGCUUCAGUACUGGGACAAAGUGUUUGGGUGCAGGAACUCGCCCCUUUCCCAGCUGGACUGUGGGACCAGAGCUGGCCUGACAGCUGCAGGGUGCAGUGCUACAUGAUGUCGGUGUGUCACUGGUGAGAAAGGGCAGGGACAGCCUCUGCUGGGUGUCUGUGCAGUGACUAACUCACUAGACUGGGCUCCCCAUUUCUGAUUAUGUGGAUUGCAUUCAUGUAGAAUAAAGUAGGAGGACACAUUUCUG